AUAAACGCUCCUGCUGUGUCUCGAGGGGGGAAUUGAUAUCAGGAGGAGGGGGGAGGAGGGGGGUUCAUCCUCUGAUUGGGCAUGUGCAGAAACGUAAAACCGAACCAGGCUCGACGAGGCAAUAAAGUAAUUCAAGCUUGUUACAGGUAAUUGAGCUCGGAAAUGCGCCUCUGUAGUGCCUUUACCUACAACAGUAAAAUGCAGCAGAACCCGGGUUCAGGGGAAAAGUGAAAGAUCGCAAGGUGAGAGCAUUUAUUUGCAGCUAUUGAGCCUCGGCACGCAUUUCAGCACGCUGGAGAGCGCACGUCGCAGCAGAGGCGGUGCGUGGAUUCAACCGGUGGCUUUGAGCGGAGUGAGAGGACUGUUUCAUUGAAUGUUGCAUAAAAAAAAAACUCCUCUUGUUUCACGAGUGGGAUACCCUUUUGGAUCAGGAGGACUACCUUCUAUUUUCCCUUAUUUUUUUCUGAAUCGGUGCGUUACCCUUCGUGCAGAAAGGCGUGCCGCUGGAUGAGUGCUUGCCUCCAGAAGCCGUGCUGAUCAGCGUGGAAUAGGAGCCGACGAGACCCUCCAUUUAUAAGGAUGCUGGUGGGAAAUGCCUGGAGACAGAGAUGACGAGAUUUGUCAAAAGGCACUUGAACUCCUGUCAGAUCUUUGCUCGAAGGGGGACGUGCAGAAUGAAAACUGUUUGGAUUUUAUCUACUAUUUCCGAGAUCUCGCCAGGCCACGGUACUCCGAUUCAGAUAUAUCAGUGAGUCUGCUGUCACUGGUAGUGACUGCCUGUGGCUUAGCCCUGUUUGGAGUCUCGCUCUUUGUCUCUUGGAAGCUCUGCUGGAUACCAUGGAGAGAACGUGGGCUCUCACCCACCACCAAGGAACCUCAAGGGCACAUCAAUCCAACCAUGAGCCCCCUGCCUUCUCAGCCUACACCACGAGAGCCUGUCUACACGGCAGUGGAUCCCCCAAUGCACAACCGCCGUAAGUCGUCGCACUGCUCAAUCACCAAAGAGCCCACUCCUGUGGCGUCUGUAGUGUCAGUGGAAGCUCCUGGGACUCCUGUAUCACCCCCACCUGUGGUUAUGGCCACACCAGAGGCAGCUAUGAAGAUCAGCCACACAUCUCCAGACAUUGCACUGGAUGCUCAGAGUAAAAGCAGAGAGAGUGGGAUUCACACUAAUCCUCGAAUGCAGCGGCAGACCACAGACCCUGCGCCAGGUGGUUGCUCAAUAUCUGAAAUUGGCCAAGGCUCCAUUCGGCGACAUAUGAACCUCUCUAACCCUGACUUCAAUGUGGCACAGUUCCAAAGGCAGGACUCGCUCACUGGAAUGGGUCUCGGUCUUGGUAGUCUCAAGCCUGAACUCUAUCAGCCUUGCUCUAUGGAUGAGGAUGAAGGCAGUCACAGAGGAAGAAGUUGUGGUCGCCUCCACUUUGUUCUUAAAUUUGACUGUAACCUGGAACAAUUAAUAGUAAAAAUCCACAAAGCAGAGGAUCUCCCAGCCAAGGACUUCUCCGGAACCUCUGACCCAUAUGUUAAGAUAUACCUUUUGCCUGAUCGCAAGACCAAGCACCAAACCAAGGUGCACCGUAAAACACUUAACCCUGUGUUUGAUGAGGUCUUCCUUUUUCCCGUGGCUUACUCUGAGCUUCCCACUCGUAAGCUGCACUUCAGUGUCUAUGACUUUGAUCGCUUCUCCCGUCAUGACAUUAUUGGUCAGGUGGUUGUGGAUAACUUCCUGGAGCUGGCAGAUUUCCCCAGGGAAACCCAACUCUGCCUGAAUAUCCAGUAUGUUUCUUCGGAUAACGUUGACCUUGGGGAUCUGAUGUUCUCCCUCUGUUAUUUGCCUACUGCGGGAAGACUAACCAUCACUAUGAUAAAGGCCCGUAAUCUGAAGGCCAUGGAUAUAACGGGUGCAUCUGAUCCAUAUGUGAAGGUUUCACUCAUGUGUGAGGGCCGCAGGCUGAAGAAAAGGAAGACGUCAACAAAAAGGAAUACUUUGAAUCCAAUCUAUAAUGAGGCCAUAGUAUUUGAUGUCCCACCAGAAAACAUAGAACAAAUCAGCCUUUUGAUAGCAGUGAUGGAUUAUGAUCGUGUAGGCCAUAAUGAGGUCAUCGGAGUGUGCCGGGUCGGAAAUGAUGCAGACAGCCUUGGCCGAGAACACUGGAAUGAAAUGCUCACAUAUCCCAGAAAACCUGUCGCCCACUGGCAUCCUCUUGUUGAGUACCAAGGGACCACAGGUAGCCAAGGAGGAUCCUGUAAUUCCCUGAAGACCGCUCCUUCUCCAUAGCUUGGAGAAACUACUUCCUUGAGAGCACUGAUAAACCUAAAGCCUCUGCUGAGUGAUGCAGAGUGUUGAUAGUGAUGGAAAAGCGACACAAGCUGCACUGGCUACAACUCAGCUGGAUCAGUUGCAUGUUGCAAGAAUGCAAAGAUGGAUGUUUUCCUUUUUUCUUGUGUUCUGUUGCAUAAACCACAGGUGUAUGCAGACGCAAGUCUCCCAUUCCUGGGUUAGUACAGUCCUUACUUUUUUUAUUUAAGUGUUUGUCUUUAAACAAAGUCUUGUUUAUUUAUUUUUUAACGAAGUGGGUCUGUAUUUUGAGUGUACUAAAGUGGAACUGCCAUCUUGUUUGUUUGUUUUCUCAAAUUCGGUGGUGACUUGAUGCAUGAGGUCAUGAUUUAGUGGGGUUUGUUCUGGUACGUUUGUUACUGUUGCUAUUUUUUGUAACACGAUGCAAUGUUCUGUCAGAUGGUGUGCAGUGCAAGUUUGUUUUUAGACAAAAGAUCUGUAAGUAAGGUAAUGUUAAAUGUUGGAAAUAAGUUGUGCUCAAUAAAAAGAAAAAGUCACUUUUUUUUUUUUAAAGAUUAAA